GAAGCCAGCUUUACAUUCGACCACCACUCGCGUUUCGCCUCAACGACCAGUUCCCUUGUAAAUUCUUCCACUUCCACUGUCUCUGCCGGCUCUUUAUAUUUACAUUCGCUUAAGACACCAUGUCCGACGACUACUCCGAUCUCACCGACAUUGAUGACGAGCCCGACGUUCCUCUGUCUCAAGUAUCUCCAAAGCAGAAAGGCAAGAAGACGACGGACAGGGUCGAUGCGACACUCAUUACUGGAGCUCUUCACAUGCCCCGGUCUGCAAACUACUCUACGGAAUCGCUGUACUCUCAAAUGGUCUCGGAUGAUAUCAACUUAGACGCAGAUUAUCAACGCGAUGUCGUAUGGCCCGAUGCUAAGCAGAUUGGUGUCGUAGACUCCCUAUUCCGCAACUAUUAUAUUCCACCUAUAAUAUUCGCCCUCAAGCAAGAGACAGACGGCUCUCAAAAACGAGUUUGUAUCGAUGGCAAACAGCGACUGACGUCUAUCUGGCGAUUUAUGGAGGGCCAUAUACCAUACAAGAAUCCAGCCACUGGUGAAAAGUUCUAUUUCAGGGACACUGCGGCCAAGAAGGUUGGCAGAGUCCUCCCCGAGAAAUACAAGAAUAUCUUUCGCAUGAAGACACUCGUUUGCAUUGAGUACGAUCGUCUCUCUGGAGACGACGAACGGGAGAUAUUCCAGCGUGUACAGUUGGGAAUGGCCCUGACACCUGCAGAGAAAAUGCAGGCAAUUAACACAAAGCGCGCAACUUUUAUCCGCGAGCUCUCCGCAAAGUUUGUCCAAAAUGGGCUGGGCACCUAUCUGGACUGGGACACCAGUCGUGCAGCGGAUUUCCGUGGAGUUGCCUCAGCAGUAUAUUGCAUUGAUAACUGGCCCACCACGAAUCCUCCCUCACUUGUCAUUCUGACUAAGUGGUUAUCGCAGCCCAUAGAUUUUGAUACUGACUUCAAAGAGGAUGUUAGCCAAACUUUCUCUAUCUUCUUGGAGCUAGCCAAAACCAGCAAACUCAACUCUGUGUUCAAACUGAAAGGUGUCAAGAAAGUGGCACCUGUCGAGUUCAUGUUCAUCACGGGGCUUAUCUCUCGGUUCAAGGGCAAGAUGACGUUGGCGCAGCUGUCUGAGGCGAUCGGGAAGAUGCGCCAACAUAUUCGAGAGGUGGAAACUGAUAUUCGAACGAAUGGCCGAGUGAUGAAGCACUUAAAUAGCUUCAUUGAUAAGCUCCAGAUCUCGCAGCUCACCUCCGAUCGAGGAUCCCUGGUAGCUGCGAAGCGCAUUCCUGCUCCUUCUCUUAAAAGGAAAAGAGCGAACUCCGAGAGUUUAUCUUCAGACAAGGGAGGAACAUCGGAGGAGGAUGCAAUCCAGAACAAGCCGCCAAAGAAGACAACGAAACCCAGGCCGCCUGCGAAACCUUCACCGACGCCACCCUUAUCAACAUCGCAACCUCCACCUGCGCCUCAAACUGUACAACCUUCCUCACACAAUGUACCUGCAGCUUCUUCCCAGUUCUCGCAACCUUCGUCUUCCACCCCUCAACCUCAACCGUUCACCACACCUCACCCUCUUCCUUCUCGUCCUCCCACACGACCUCCAUCGCCACCUCAGCGACCCAUGUCAAGCGCUCCCCCUCCUCAAGUGCAACGUCUUCAGUCAUACCAUACUUCCUAUCGGCAAUAUCCCAACGAGCCUUUACCAAACCCCUUCCCCAACGAUGCUUCUGAACCACGACAUAUGCCUCACAUGACGCAACCACCACUUGUCCUUUCAGCGUCCUCCAUGCGUCCACCUUCUGCAUCCGGCUCACGUUCGCGACCACCCACUCCGAAUCAGAGUAAUUCUCCCAAAAUGUGGAACGCCCCUUCAACAUCUUCAACAAGCGCCGACAGGUUAGCUGCUAUUCGUCUUGCUAAAGAAGCAGGCCCACGAUCAGUGCUACCGCAUCAGCAAUCAUCUCAGCUAUUACCCUCAGGACCAAGGGAUCUUAGAAUGUCACAGUAUCAUUCUCCUCCUGAUAGUCAUAACGAAGCAGUAGUCAACUCGCUGUUGGCUCGGGUCGGCGGCGUUGCUCAGGAAGCUCCUCACCCUCGAUUUGCAACUGGGCCGAACGGAUAUGGGAGAUCCCUACCGCCACAUUAUGCGUACCAGCCUUCAGCUGGGUACGGCCCCAAUUCGAGUGGUGGUCAACCUCCAGGAUAUAAUCCUUCGCAACCAUUCUUAGAUAAUGGUUGGCAGAGUCGCAAUGACAGGCGCGGGUCAUAUUCGAGCGGUCGGUGAAAGGUGUCGAUUAAUAGAUUUACAGUCACCUUCAUGCAUAUUGUAGCUGCGAACUCUCCCUACAUGAACUUUUGACUGAGAAUUAUCAUGCUUUUAUCACGUCCUAGUUUUGCAAGUUCCUCCACGACUUGUCACGGUCAUGCGCUGUGACUGUUACAUUUUGCUUGACAUCUCUACCGGCGUGCGAGUAAAUAGGUUACAGUAUUUAGCACACCGACCAGAAACAUUGGAUCCACAUUUGGCUCUCAUUUUGCUUC